CGUAAAUCAAUCGCACAACUCUCUCUGUUAAUUUCCAGCCGAUAUGUCGUCGCAGAAAACCAUCGUGUUGAAGAGCUCGGACGGAGAAACCUUCGAGGUUGAGGAGGUUGUGGCGUUGGAAUCGCAAACGAUCAAACACAUCAUCGAAGAUGACUGUGCCAACACCACCAUCCCCUUACCUAAUGUCACCAGCAAGACCCUCUCAAUGGUUAUUGAGUACUGUAAGAAGCAUGUGGAGAGCGACGCUGAAAAGGAUCUGAAAGCGUUUGAUUCUGAGUUUGUCAAAGUGGAUGAUCACGCCACUCUUUUUGAUUUAAUUCGGGCUGCAAACUAUCUCAAUAUCAAAGGCUUACUUGAUCUAACGUGUCAAACGACUGCUGACAUGAUCAAGGACAAGCAGCCUGAAGAGAUUCGUGAGAUAUUCAACAUCAAGAAUGACUUCACCCCUGAGGAAGAAGCAGAAAUCCGUCGUGAGAAUGCAUGGGCAUUUGAGUAAAGAAGAUUCAUGACCCGAAUUUGUCAAGGAUCGAGUUAUAACGUUAGGAUACUUUUGUUCUUUUCUUAGAAAACCAAACCUUGAAUUUGUUAGUGUUUUGGAAUUCAUAACCACUUAUGUGUAACUGAUUUUACUUCUUCAACAUGCUUGUCAUGAUUUUGUAAUACCAGUGUUGGUAAAACUUAUAAUUGGAAUUAAUGAU